ACCGUCGGAGGGGUGCCGUCGACGUCCACGUCGACAAUUUCGGUGCCGACAAACCAUUCAUCAACGACCUCCUCAUCAGAAUGUCCCGUGCAACGUAUCUCUCCGAUGUACUCAUCUAUGAUAAAUCCGGUUGUCUCACUGCAACCGAGUAGACGUGUGAAGACAUUGUACGCCUGCACACCGGAUCACGAGUCAGAGCUGUCGUUUCAACCAGGUCAAAUUAUAACAAAUGUGUACGAGUCGAAAGAAGAAGGUUGGUUGGUUGGCACACUCAAUGGAAAGACUGGUCUAAUACCAUGCAACUAUGUGGAACCAUUGCCGUAA